GACGUGGCACCGGGAAGCCCGAGCGAUCGCCACACUUUGCCGGUGUCCGUGGUGAAAGGCGCCGAUCCGGGUUAAACACAGCGUGGACGGUUCUUCUCUUCUAAAACGUUCACUUGCGGAGCGCGUUCUGGUGGAGAUGUUGCGAUUAAGCGGGUUGUCGGUGGCACUGGCGCUCGCCCUGGUGCCGGCUCCCGCUGAAGCCUUAAAAGAAGGGGAGUGCGAAGUGUGUGUGAAUUUCCUGGGGAAGUUCUACCAGUCCCUUAAAGACAAUGAUGUAAAGUUCAACAGUGCUGACAUCGAGGACACCCUCGUUAAGAGCUGCAAAGAUGCUAAAGGCAAAGAAAACCGUUUUUGUUACUACAUCGGGGCAACAAGUGAUGCAGCUACAAAGAUAAUCAAUGAGGUGUCUAAACCACUGAGCUACCACGUUCCAGUGGAGAAGGUCUGUGAGAAGCUCAAGAAGAAGGACAGUCAGAUCUGUGAGCUGAAAUAUGACAAGCAGCUGGACCUGACCACAGUGGACCUGAAGAAGCUUAAAGUGAAGGACCUGAAAAAGAUUCUGGAGGAGUGGGGCGAGUCUUGUAAAGGUUGUGCCGAAAAGUCCGACUUCAUCCGCAAAAUCACAGAGCUCAUGCCCAAGUACGCCCCUGUAGCCGCCAAAGCACGGACAGAUCUGUAACGAGGGCCUGAAGCAGCAGCACAACAUUGGACUUGAAGUGGGGCAGACAGCCAUUAUUCAGAGAGAGGAACCAGGAGGCAGGAGAGUUCUGUCUGGCAUGUUUGUCUCAGUCUUUUUGGUUUUAGAGGACAUACAGUUGUGUGGUCACCCAACACAGAUUAAGACGUAUAGAUACUAUUGUACACGAUUGGAGUCUUUACUUAACUUUAAAUUUAGCUAUGAUCCGUGUUGGUCACGGUUGAAGAAUUCAGAGCACAGAGGAAUUGACUAGAGGACGGUGGAAUCAUCACCACAGCACCCUAAUACUUAGUGACAGCUACACCAACAUGUUUGGAAAUUAAUGAUGUUUAGGACAAUGUCUGCAGUGAGGAGGGUGUGAGCACACAUGGAUGCUUGUAGAAAUAUCUGCCAAACUGAGGCUCAGAGGAAAAUGGAGCAUUUUGGGAAAUUAAAAGCUAUGAGGUCAUACGCAGCAGCUGCUUAGCUUGGCUCUGGAUUUACCAAAAUGUCAACAUUUUGCUGUAGGCAGACAGACCUUCAACUGCCUCUUAAAUGUUGUGGUUUUCUUUCUGUUAAACUCAUCCAUGUUUCAGCAAAAGUCUAAAUGUGCAGCUUUCAAAAGGACGGCUUGUGUUUCCACACUUCGAAUGGUUUUGCAUCAUAUGGCCUUUUUGAUGUAAGACAUCAUUAUGAAAAGGUCCCUGAACACAUUAGACGUUGUCCAGAAACAAUGUAGGGUCUGAAGAAGUUGCUCACGUCAGCGGUUUCAGAAACUGUCACUCUGACACAGUAGUGAGGUAACCAGUGGGGGAUAAAGCAGGACCAGGCUGAUUUCUCUGCACUUGACAUUUUAAGAGGCAGGUUUUGCACAAAAAUGCUUCCUCCCAGAGAACAUGGAUAUGGGUGACUGGUGUUAGUUCAUUUUGAAACAGCAGUCCCAUCAUUGAAGACGCCAAGAUAUUUAUUAGGGGAAUUAUUUACAUUUUCUUCAUGUAUGAACUGCCUGACUCUUUAUCUGCUUGCCUUGAUCUGCAGCACAUCGGAAAUUAAACUGAAUUAGUUUAAAUUUAAAAACCCAAACCUUUGAGCACUGACCUUCACUCAUUUGAUUCCACCAACUCUCCCUCAUCCCAUGAUGUGAUGAUGCCUUUUCAAACAUAGGGAGACUAUUAUUUCCUUCACGUGCUGUAAACCUGAACGUUUUAUUCCAGCACACGCACAGAGAAGCAAGUAGCUCGUAUUAAAGUGACACCGUUAAGAUGGGUGAUGUAUAAAACUAGGGGAUAGAAAAGAUUCAUAUAUAUUGUUUCACGUUGAGCUUUUGUGUAGGACUCUGUCAUUUGUUUCUAUUGUACGACUACUUUUUCAUUAAAAGAUGAAAAGAUUUCA